CAUUACUUGGGGAAGGAGGGGAGAAAUGAAUGAGUACACGAGAGAAGGGACGCAGAGUACGCGUGGUUGCUUUUUUCGUCCCUCCGGCCACAGCCUUCCCCAAACCAGCCACGAACCAGAGUCCAAUGGCGACCUACGGCGGCGUGCUGCGGCGCUCCGCCGCGGUCGUCGAGCGCGCCCGCGACAGCGCCCGCCGCACCCGCAAGGCUCUCGCCCGCUUCGUCCGUCCCCAGGCCUUCGCGGCGCCGCCCGACGCCGAGGCCGCUGCCGUCCGCGCCGUCCGGAACCUCCGAUCCUUCCGCCUGCACUACGCUCUCCUCCUCUGGGUCCUCCUACUCGCCUCCCUCUUCCCCCGCCGCCGCCCCACCAUGCUCUUCUUCAUGGCCGCUUCCAAGGCCGCUUUUUUCUACGGCGUCCUCCUCAAGGCCUUCCCCAACUCCGCCCUCCUCCGCCAGGUCCUGGACCGCAGGCUGGCGGCCGCGCUCGUGCUGGCCGUGGUCGGCGUCGAGCUGGUUAUGACGCGAGCCGUGCCGCAGUUCCUGCUCGCCAUGGCAAUCGGGCUGCCGGUCGUGCUCCUCCACGCUGUGUUCCGCGUGCGUGACGAUCUGACGGCCAGCAGCGAGGAGGCGGCGGCGGCGGCUGCCAACGGUGGCGAACUUGGACCGAUGUUGGAGGAGAAGCAAGAUCUUGAAUUGGGAUCCGAGUAAGAGAGCCAUAAAUUUGUCCUGUUACUUUCUUAUUUUUCUUCCUUUUUUUUAGAUUCUUUUCUUAUCUCUCUGCUUCUACUUCUCAAAUUAUCAUUUCUUUACAUAUUACCAGAUAAAAACUUGUUAUAUUAUACUGACAAAAAAAUUACAAUCUUGAUAAGCAAAUUCUAGAUGUUGAAAUUGAAGAACAUGUAGUGGCAAAACAUUUGUUGUGAUCUAAGAGAGGAAGAAAGACUAUGCUGGCCAAUGCUUUGGUAUUGACAAUGAUUGUAGCUUGCAUUACAUGUCCAGCUAUCAUUAGCUUAUUCUUAAUUGUUAGCAGGAUUAGUUGUGGAGCAUGAGUUUGCCACAGCAAAAAACUUGUGUCUGAUCUGCUAAUGUGUCUGGUGGUAUUGAGAAUAAUAAUCUGAUGCUGGCAGAAUAGUUAGCCAAAAAACAUAGAACACUAUGACACAGUGCUAUGGGUAUCUGAUCACAUAUCAUGAUUUCAAGACCAGUUCUUUGAGUGGCAUAUAAUUGCAUCAAAUUCACCAAGAAAUAUUGAUGUUUGUUCUGGUCUUUCAAAAGGAAAAGCAUCACCUGACACAUGUUUGAUGAGUCAAUAAAACAGGAAGAACAGUUCCUGAACAAGUAACUUCUAUGAGAAAUGCUUAAAGGACAAGUUCCUUUGAGCAUGCUAUCAGCUGCACUUUUAAUUAAUAUAGCUACAUGAAAAUCCAUAAAAACAAGUAACUUCUGCGAGAUAAACAUAAGCUAUAUCUGUAAAUCAUUCCAUGCUGACUGAACUCAACCUCACAACAAAACACUCAUUUAAAUAUGCUUCAGGACACCAGGAAGCACUGCAGUACCUCAAAAUAGAUUUACCAGCUAGAAAAGCAAUUUAUUGGAAAGAGAGCCAUUUAUCUGUAAGGCAUAAACCACUAGAAGAAGAAGAAGAUUAUAUGGGGAUAACCACAGAGCUGAAUUCCAGGUAAGGAAAAUUAUUAGCUACAGUGGUAUUUGUAAGCAAAACAUGUCAAACAAUCAAUGUAGGUUUUUGUUAUGAAAAAGUUUGGUGAUAUAUGAAUGUCUCUAUCCUGCUUCUCCUUGCACAGAUCAUUUGAAUUAGACAUAUAGUUCAAUCUUCAUCUGUGAAUCACUUGAUAUGAUGUGAGAAAUUAAUUGGAUGGGGAUAUUUAGGUUGCUCCUGUCCUCAGAUGGUUUAAAGAUACCAACUUGAUGGAAAAAUAGUUAUGAUUAUUUUAUUGUCUGAAUAUUGGCAAGUGUGUUCAGGUUAUAUGGAUAACAUGAGAAUAUUAACAUGAAAAUAUAUUAUUUUGAGUUUUUCUCCAAAUAGAUGAUGAUGAAAUUGAUCAAAUGAGAUCCGAAAUAUCAGCCUUCCUAAACUGAGAAUGAAGUUGGAAAUUAUUGUCAUAAUUAUUGUUUUUUAACUUCGUAAAGACGCUUUGUUUAUGCUUUUUGCUAAGACAAUUUUUCUCAAUAAAAGAAAAUAAAGAUAGUAGCCGCCUUCUCCAGAAUUCAUCUAUUUUAUUUUUAUUUUUAUUUUUAUCAAGGGGUUUAGAUACCUACUCUUGUAAAGUUGAGGAAAUGAGUGCUUACACUAAGUAAGAACAUGUCCUCAUAUUCAUCCAGAAAACUCAGGUUAACUUGUAACUGUGGUUUGAGUUAAAACUAUAUAUAUUAAAAUCUAAAAUACUCAUAAUAUUUUUCAUCAUAAUGAGAUCUUAAAUGAUAUUAAUCAUAGUUAAAAUUUCAACAAAACAGAAAAUGAUGAUUAGGUGAUGAA